GUCUCAAAGGCCGAGCGAGCCAUGUGCACCCAUUUUUCCCAAAGCCACCAUAUCCCCGAAUGCCAGCGGCGAAUCAGCCAUGUUUCUUGCUUCGUCUGAUGGGCAGCUCCCGGCAUCAUCAUGCUACUAGACAGCACCAGGGUUUACGCCGUGCUCAGGUUGGUAUUUAACUGCGUGAUUGACGUUGCGUUCUUCUGGCAGCUGAGGCUGUACUCCUGGUGGACGCGAAAGUCCACUCAGGAUAUCCUACUCGAGACCGUUGCAGAAGCGCGGCUGUUCGAAGAAUGGGAGGCUUCCGCGUUCCAGCUCGAUGAGGUGCUAGGCUAUGAUCUAUGGCGCCAGAAUCCAACGAGUAAAUUCUACGAUUACCGCCUCAUCUAUGAACGCCUCCAAGCCAUCAUCGAAGCCCGAGAAGAAGACGAUAUAUUAGGCCUCGUGAACCUCCUGCGGUCGGGUCUAGUGCGCAAUCUGGGAAACAUAACGGCCCCGCGGCUGUUCAAUCGCGCGUAUGCAGGCACGAAGCUGCUGAUUGAGGACUACAUCACACAGGUCGCGCUCGCGAUCGAAUAUAUGACUUCAUAUCCCACUUCUCCGGGCUCGGAAAGUGGUCUUACGAACCAGGCGAAGCUGGAUGUGCUGCACGAUACCCGGCAGGCGUUUGGGAGGUCGGUGCUCGUGCUGCAAGGAGGGGCGAUAUUUGGCCUUUGCCAUCUUGGAGUCGUGAAGGCGCUUCAUCUUCGUGGACUGCUGCCUCGUAUCAUCUCGGGAACGGCUACUGGGGCGUUGAUUGCUGCGCUGGUCGGCGUUCAUACUGAGGACGAGCUUCUGGGUUUCCUUACUGGUGAUGGGAUUGAUCUGACUGCGUUUGCGAAGAGUGCGGGAGCCGUUGGUAAAGAUGGCGAGGUAGGGUUCAGUAGAGGGCAGAGCGGGUGGUUUGCCACUUUGAGUAGACGUGUUAAGAGAUUCAUUCGCGAGGGCUAUUUCCUGGAUGUGGGGAUUUUGGAGCAGGUUGUAAGAGCAAAUGUUGAGGACUUGACAUUCGAGGAGGCAUAUGCCAAAACGAAACGGGUGCUGAAUAUCACUGUCUCAACGACUGGAGGCGGAGUUCCAAAUCUACUAAACUACCUCACAGCUCCGAAUGUGCUGAUCUGGUCAGCUGCACUCGCCUCCAACGCCUCUUCCAGUACGCUCUACCACCCCGUCACCCUCAUGUGCAAAGAUGAAACUGGUGCUACCGUCCCCUGGACCUCCGCCGAAGGAACGACCUUCAAACCCUGGACACACGCCAGCUAUUCUGACCGCGAAUCUCCCCUAACCCGCAUCGCCGAACUUUUCAACGUCAACCACUUCAUCGUCUCCCAAGCACGGCCUUACCUCGCCCCCUUCCUCCGCUCAGACCUGCACCAUCCGAACCCACGGCAGGAUGGCAAAUGGAGUCUCUCAAUGCCUAUUCUACGGCUCAUCGUCAUGGAAAUCCAGCACCGUCUUAAUCAGCUUGAUGAGAUAGGGUGGUUGCCCAUUAACAUUAGGCGCUUCCUUCUAGACGAGAACGUACCAGGGGCGAGCUUGACCUUAGUGCCAGAACUCACGCCGGGUGAUUUCAUCAAGUUGCUCGAGAACCCUACGCGCGAGAGCCUGGAGUAUUGGAUCCAUCGCGGUGAGCGCAGCGUCUGGCCUGCGGUAGGUGCACUUAAGGUUAGAUGUGCCAUAGAGGUGGAGUUGGAUCGCGGAUAUCAACUGGUCCGGCGCCGGAAGCCAUUUGAUCCUGUUCAAGGCACGGGAUUAAGAAAGAGCGGGAGUACGGGCAUGAAGAGGAGAGAAAGGGCGAAUAGUUUUGGGGGAGUGGGGUAAAAACUUGACGGAUUACGAAAUGUGAAAUAUGAGUAUAUCAUGCCUCCACCGCUUAUUGAUCUAUACCACCAAUAGCCGUGGGAAAAUGGCCGAAAAAAGGCCACUCACCUUAGCUAGGAAAAUAUCACAACCACAUAUAGAACUAAUUAUAGACAUCCUAGAAGUCCG